UGGAUCGUGGAUUCGUAACUGAGGCUGGGUCUCUCCCGCAAAAAUGGCUGCCACCAGUAAGCGGAAAAGACUCGGCUUGAGCAAAAAUAGGAAGAAGACUUGGAUUAAACACAUCAAUGUCAAGGAUGUUGAGGAAUUUCUCGAAGAAAAAAGGCUCGACGAUCGUCUCGGGGGACCACUCGAAGACAAACCCGAUAAUGCCCUCUUCUCCGUGGAUAAAACACCAGCAUCUCCGCGAUUGAAGGCAUCAAAGGUAUUAACAAAACGAGAAAGGCGGUCAAAGAAGCUCACUUGCUUCCAGAAUUUAGAACCAACAUCUAAAGUACCCCCACCAAUCAUACCGUGUCGCGUCAGAGACCCCGAAGAGCGUAAACCAGCCGCAGUCCGAAAAAAGCAGCAGAAGCGCAGUGCCAGACGGUGUCAGCAAGCUGCUGUCGACAGGCAAAUAUCGGCAAACCGCAAGGAGAAGGAAGCUGUAAAUACAUUCAAAUUACCGGACUUCUACGACGUCUGGGAAAGCAACGAGAAAGAACAGACUGGAUUAGAUGAAGACUCGGAGAAAUUUAUUAACGAGUACACCAAGAAACGUCGGCCGAACAUCCCGCUGCGACGAUACCAGAAACCUUCGCUGUUGCCACCAGUAGAAGUUCCUCAUCCUGGGGCGUCUUACAACCCAGCAUACGAUGACCACCAAGCACUCCUCAGCGAAGCAUUGACAGUUGAGGAGAAAAAGUUGAGAGAAGAGAAGCACAUUGAACGGGUGCUAACCAACAUGCUGCCCACAAGGGAGGAAGCUCCAACAGAAGCCACAAAGCUAGCCGAAAUGUCGCAGGGGCUGUUUGAGCACACCGAUGACUCCGACAGUGAAUGCGACGUCGAACCGCCUCACAUGAAUCCACCGGUGCGAGCCGAGGACAGGAAAACGAAGCAGAAGCGAAGGCGCGAGCUCGAACAGCAGAGAAUUCGUUGGGAGGCGAAGAAGCGCAAAGAAGAGCGGAUCGCAAUGAACGAGGUGUUCAAGGUGAAAAACAUAGAGACCGAGUACAAGCAGAUGGAGGCAAAAGCAAAGCAGACGCAGCUGCGAAACGAAGAACGUCUCGCCGAGAAGAUGUACAAGCCGCAUAAGAUGAGCAGGUUCAAGUUUGAGGAGCCAGACAAAGAGUUGAAACUGUCGGAAGAGUUGGCGGAGUCGCUGCGGAAGCUGAAACCAGAGGGCAGCGUACUGGAAGACAGGUACAAGAGCUUGCAGAAGAGAAACAUCAUUGAAACUCGUAAAAGGCACAAGGUGGUUGUAAAGUAUAAACCUAAGAGGCUGCUGAAGAGGGAGCAUAGGUUGUUCCUCGAAAAUGAGACGAAGAAGUGGAACCAAUAAAUGUUGCUCUUAUCUUGGU